GAUUGCAGGCUUUGUUUCUUCUGUGGAUAUAAAGCUGAUUUAAAAAAACCACUAAAGGAUUCUCUUCUUUCUUCUCCUCCAGCCACGAUGAAGAAAGGUCAGAACGGCUUGAGCUGGACCAGCGAGCGCAGUUUGAUGUUUGGAGGAAACAUCCAGAACACGCUGCCUUCUUCAUCCACGACCUCCACCGCCGUCUCCACCAACUCCUCCUCCACCGCCUCGUCACAGAUAACCUCCAUCGACGGCGUCAGCUUCUCCGAGGGAGACCUGCUGCUUCAGGCGCUGAACGGCUUUGUGUUGGUGGUGACGGCUGAAGGCUACAUCUUCUACACGUCUCCAACCAUCUACGACUUCCUCGGCUUCCACCAGUCGGAUGUGGUCCAUCAGAGCGUGUUCGAGUUGAUCCACACGGACGACCGAGCGCUCUUCAGACGGCAGCUUCACUUCGCUCUCAACCCGAACAAGAGCCAGGGGAACGUAGGAGAGGAGAGUCCAGGUGACCAGAGCUCUGCAGAGGUCAGCAGCAACGUGAUCGCAUACGACCCUCAGACCAUCCCGCCUGAAAACUCGUCUUUCCUGGAGAGAAACUUCUGCUGUCGCUUCCGCUGCCUGCUCGACAACUCGUCCGGCUUCCUGGCCCUGAACUUCCGAGGUCGUCUGAAGUUCGUCCACGGUCAGAACCGCGUCUCCGAUGAUGGGACGCUGAUUCCCCCACAGCUCGCUCUGUUCUCCAUCGCCACGCCCAUGCAGACGCCGUCCAUCCUGGAGAUCCGCACCAAGACGCUCAUCUUCCAGACCAAACACAGGCUGGACUUCACGCCCUUGGGCAUCGACCCCAGAGGGAAGGUUGUCCUGGGUUACAACGAGGUGGAGCUCUGUAUGAAAGGUUCAGGAUACAACUUCAUCCACGCUGCGGACAUGAUGUACUGCGCCGACAACCACCUGCGGAUGAUAAAAACAGGAGAGAGCGGCUUCACCGUCUUCAGGCUGCUGGCUAAAAACAGGACGUGGGUUUGGGUUCAGGCGAACGCCCGGCUCAUUUUUAAAGGAGGGAAACCAGAUUUCAUCAUCGCCCGGCAGAAAGCACUCACAAAUGAAGAAGGUGAAGAGCAACUGCGUCUGCGUCGUCUGUCGCUGCCGUUCAGCUUCACCACCGGAGAGGCGAUGCUGUACGACGUCGCUCCAACCGUCGACGUCCCCGACCCGUGCUCCGCCCCCAAACAGAGGAAGGUGGACAGCUACAAUGUGAGCCCCAACUCCAUACUGGGCUGCUUGCUGAAUCAGGACCAGUCGAUUUACUGUGAAGAAAACAACGGCAACACGCUUAGCAGCCUCAACGACGCCGCCUUCCAGGACACGCACGCCACUGUCAACGUCCCCGUAGACAUGUGGAUGGACCCCUCGCCCAAACCGGCGAUGGGGAGUCUGGUGAAGUCUGAGGGCACGGUGCAGGACAUGAUGGUCACCCUGCAGCAGAUCCUGGAGGACAACGAUCUCUCUGAAGUUCUGGACGUGGGGCCGGACGAGCUGAAGAGCUGGGAGAGCACGCUGCUCAAGAUGAGCAACAACAGCUGCGAGAUGAACGACGACCUCAACGACAUCCUGAACCACGACAUCCUGUCCUACGUGGAGGAGCAGCUGCAGAGGGAGGGCGGCCUCAAGCUGCCCGAUCAUCUGGACGACAUCUCCCCCUGCCUGUCCACGCUGGACUUCCAGAACCAAAACCCCGAGCAGAGCGGGGAGCAGAACUUCAACUGGAACCUGGAGCCGACCAAUCAGAUCAUUCCAAACGGAGGACAGAUGUUACCCGGGAUGAUGAAACUCUCCUACAUGGAUGUUCCUCAGCAGACUUCUUCUGGUUUUAAUGGUCCCACUCUGCAGCAGAUCACCUCCCAGCAAACUCUUCAGCUGGGCUCUUCAGGAAACGUCUGCGCUCCUGUUCCCUUCAACGCCUCCAAACUGGAUCCUUGUGGUCUGACGCAGAACCAGCUGAGAACCCUACAAGUCACCAGCAAGGACAAUAACUUUGAAGGAUUCACGCUCAGACAAACCAAUCAGAUUCAGUCCAACCAAAUGGCUCAACCAAUCCAGAACGACCUUCAGAUGAGGGCGCCUAACCUUCAAAUCAGCCUCCAGGACCAAAGUGCAGAACGACCCGUCUUCGACUUCCGGGGGAACCAGUGGAACUCCUCUGUCAACGCAAACCCAGCGGACAACUUUGUCGAAACUUUCGCCCAAAAUAUUUCAAACCAGCCGCCUUUUCCUGCCGCCGUGUCUAACCGCCUUCAGGGACACUUUGCACUUCAAAACGGCGAGAGUCAGAGACAGCCCUGGCCGCUCGAGCAGCAGCUGAUCUCCGGUGGGCAUCAACAAAUGGGCGCCAGCCUCAAUCAAAUGCCCGGAUUUCAGAGAAACCCUCUUCCUGGAGUUGUCGCGGGCCAGAUCGCCGUCAACGGCCGCCCCAUGUACAGGACUCCAGAGACUUCAAAUGUACCGUUUCCUGCCCAGCAGAGCGUGCAGCAGCCUCUGGCGCCCACGAGCAGCUGUAGGUUCGGUAAUGUCGCCCCGUCGAUGCCUGUAAACGGAGUCCACCUCAAUCAGGCGCCUUCCUGCCAGAGACUGAACCCCACUAACACCCAGAUCCCCUCCAAACCAGCGUGCUUUUAUCAGAGUCUGCCCGGAGGCGGCGCCAUGCCGGGGAUAACCACCAUCCCGAGCCCUGAGGAGGCGGCACUCUCCUGCCAAAUGACCAGCGGACUGGACCCGGACGGCCUCCUCAGGCAACAACAGCCGUACUUAAACUUCAGUGAACAGACACAGAUCAACAGCCGUCCAGUCAUCGGAAACGGAGGCUUCCCCUUCUCCGCGCUGCCCAACGGGAACGCAUACUACUCAGAGAACAAAUAAAAACCGGCCGCUUUGACUUUCUGAUGGCAGAGGAUCCCAACUCAGACUGAAAGAGCAGUUUUUAAAGAAAAGUUAAAAAAAGACUCCUGUCUCUAAAGAUGAACGGAGUGGAGCAGACUGAAGAGCAGAAAGUUGCCAGAGAAGAACGAGGAAACGAAACAUCUCUUCUUCUCUUUACCUUUGUUUUUGUUUUACAUUCAGGAAGAGUGAUGGACUUCAGAGUGGAAGUGUUUGAGUUCAGGACUGAGAAAGUUUGGAUUCCCUCCUCGGAGCUCGAUGGAUUGUACCCCAAAAAAAGGAAGAAAAGAUAAAGGUCGCCCUGAAAGGAAUCGGUUUCAGGAUAGUUGAUGGAUUUUCUACGUCUGCCCUGAGGGAUAAAAGAUCCUUUUUUUAAAGCCAUGAUUGCCUUCGAUAAAUAAGUCUCCAAAUGAUGAGUCGUUCGUCUGAAGGUGGGAAUAUAAAGCAGAAAAACAGUUUGGAAGUUCAACUAAACGCCUUCGUAAUCUUCGUUCUUAACCUUUCUUCUCUUUUAAAACCAACUAAACUUCCAGCAAAGCCAAAAUCUGUGUUUCAAAGUUACACUGAAUUUAUUCACAAAGUGCAAUAAAUAAAGUAUAACAUGAUAAAAAAAUAAAAUAAACAUCUUAGAAACUGUUGAAGUGCGUUAGAGUUGCCUGAAAGUUCAGCAUCAUAAAAAGAUGUUUUCAUGUCGUUAUCGGCUUAUCACUGCCCCCUGGUGGACAAACUACACCCUCUCUGCAGACACAAUAGAGGAGCGCUGUCUUUGUAAUGUGGUGUUUUGUCCACAAGGGGGCAACAAUGAGCCGCCUGCACAAACCCCAACAAGUAGCACAGAAGUGAGAAUGAUGCUUUUAACAUAGAUCUGCCCUCUGAUUGAUUUUUAACCAUCAAUUCAAGAUUUGUGUGGCAGACAGGCUGGACCUUUCUUAUCCUCAUCCGUUAUGCAAAUGUGAGGAGUCUUAAAAUAUGAUGCAUUUACAGUUUGGUAACUUUACGAGGGUCCUUUACUAACCUGUGUGUGGUGAAGGCGCCCGCAGCUUUUUUGGCUUGUUUUGAUUCUUUGGUUUUAUAAGAAUCAGAUCAGAAGGAUGAGGACGGAGUGGGCAGUUUGGUUUCAUACCUCCAAAUUAAAAAAAAAAAAGAAAAAGAGGCUGUUCAGCGAGAAACAUUUAAAAAUAUUUCCACCUAAACGAGGAGUUUGAAAGUGGAAAGAUGGAAGGUGCUCCUGUGAAUCCUCUGCCGUCUCCAACGCACAAACACGCCACCUUACUCCUUAAGAAUCUGCUUUCUGUCCGAGCGCUCAGAAGGACGACUUAUAUCUUCUUUCCUCGUUUUUAGUUUUGCCGUUUGUGUCCUUUUGAAAAGUUGCGUUUUAAGUUCAUUUCAACUCUUUUUCUGUCCCUGUGAGGGAGCUCCGCUUCGCAGACAGGGUAUCAACAUCACAGCUUCAUCUUUACUAACAGACAGAUUUACCAUUUGAACACACAAUGCUGCUUUUUAGUGCCUCCUUUAUAUAUUCUAAAAGCAUUCAGCUAUUGAGCCAGUCUCUUCUUCUCUUCAAUAUUUCUGUUGUUCUUCUGUUGUAGGGAAGAACUAAAUACAGACGGUGCCUUCGACGGACUGUUUGAGACUUUAAAGGGACAGUCAUUUCCACAAAGAUCCAUAUUUUGAUGUAAACCAAAGUAGAAUUUGCCCUCACCUGAACUUCCCCAUGCCAAUCGUUGAGAUAUUUUUGCACUAUUCCUAAAAAUCGUUUGCCAAAGCAUCGUUAAAGAGAAGAACUCAAGAAUCCUGAAGAGCUUCCUUAAAGACAAAUAUUCCUUAAAUGUGUGUCUAAAAACUUGAACGUGUGCACAAAAACAAAGUUCUUACAGACCACAUGCUCUUUAUUUUAUUCUAACUGGAUCAUUAACUCGUUUUUAAAGAUGAUUAUUUUAGAAAAUUCAGAGUCAGAGUCACCGCCUUCACAAAAUGUUUUUUUUUUUAAGAUAUAAUGACGACUUAUAAUCACCAGGUUCUUCAUCAGUAAGACACCGAUUGUAAGAGUGGACUGGUUCUUCAUAUUUUCCACAACAAAUGUCCGUCCUCUUCCUCUCUCCUGUUCUUAUCUUUGUGGUUAAUUUAUCGACCCUCUAGCUCGGACGGGGAGUAUCCACGAUCGUCUGGCAGCAAAACACAGAAGUAAAACGGUUAAAGGCAGCUAUUGUAUAUUUUAAAUGAGGAAAAAAAUGGAAAACACUUCACAUAUUAAAAAAAAAAAACACACACAAACAAGAGGCGGAAACUGCAAGUGCCUUUAAAUGAAGCUCUUUAUGAUUGUCUGUAAAAAACAACAACAACACAAACACAUAGAGCACUUAGGUUGAGAGGAAACAGCGAAUAGAAAGCUUGACAUGUGCGUUGUUUCAUCCCGUACUGAGCCAUAAAUCUGACUUCUGUCCGUACAAGUUUAGUCAGCACUUUUUGUACUUUACUCUAGAAAAAGCAGCUCAUUUUAGAGGCUGCGAAACAGAAAUAGUGACAGCAAACUUUACCUUAAUACCAAAAAAAACAAACAGUCAGUAAAACAAACUGUGAUGCUUUAAAUUACAGGAUACCAAAGGGACAAGAAGGAGAACAGAUCUUCGUUUUUUUUUUUUGUGAUCACAAGAACUAUUUUCAGCAGGAAAAAAAGACCAGAAUGAUUGUUGUCGUGGUUGAAACGAUAGAGUGAAAAUGUAAGCAGAAUGAUGCUGCGUUCACGUCAUGUGGGAGUCACCAUAAAACACAGUUUCUAGCAAAUAAAAAGAGUCCUAACUGGGUCCUCUAUAACGCCUAAAAAUACAAAACAAGUAUGGGUGCUAAUGUGCGUCGUUAAAAAAAAUGUGUUUUCAUGUUGCGCACCGUCAUGCAACCUUUUUACUCAGCAAUUAUUUUUAAAAAUGUCAUUUUUAAGCAAACAAUUUAGAGAAAUGCCAAAUUUUUCUUUAUUUUAUGACAUUUGCUUUACUUUGAAUAUCCAUCUGUCCUAAACAUGCGGUAUCUUACUGUACAUACUGAACUGUAAAGUGUGUACCUCACACUAAAUGUAUCAUUGAGCAGCUUAUUUGAUAUACAAACAAAAAAUACAAGCAACACAUUUGAACGCAUUUUCCCUUGAAGGCAGGAAGUAGUGUGAAUUUUACAAACACCACAUGAUGUGAACGCUGCCUAAGCAGCAAACAAGCCUUUCUGUCACAGGUGUUGAAAGGUAUUCUGGGAAGUGUAGUCCAGCACCCCUAGCAGUAGAGGUCAUAGAGGCAGGUUACGAUUAUGUUUGUUGAUUGCUUUGGCUCAGUUUUCAAAUUUUUCAGUUUGUGAAACUCGUCUGAAUAUUUGUGACGAUCAGGACAAAGUAAUUCUGAAAAGUCUAAGCUCGUGGAUGACUAGCUAAUAGUUGUCACCUUGGCGGUGCUAUUUAAGGCUCUCCAACAAAAACAAACACGUGUGCCUUGACAGCAGAUUCACCAAAAGUCAUAAAUCAGAGCAAAAAACCAAACACAGAUGGAAGAUGGCCAAUAUGUAGACUCAUUACAACAUGAAGCGCUUAGUUUUUCCUCUUAAAACAUCCAGAGUGCUUUCAUCAAAAAUAUAAUAAAAAUAUAAAUAUAUAUGUUAUUACUUGCUUCUAAAAGAAAAAAUAGUGUUUGUACUUAUUAUACUUUUAUUUUCAAACCCCUGGAAGCCAAGGCUCCAAAUUGCAGUAUCUUUGUGUACCUGUAUAUAAAUAUAUAUAUUUGUUUUCUCUUUUUUUUCAUAUAUUGUGUAUUUUAAUGUCAUAUUGCCUUAACCUUACUCACGCCUAUCAUUUUUUGUACAUUUUCUGCACAGCAUAUACAAAACAUGUAACCUUUUUUUUGUAUCUCUUCAUCUUAUCACAUUUUGUGGAUUUGCAGUCAAUAUUUUGCCUUUAACAGUGUAUGAGUGUUUGAGUCUAUCCUUUAAUGCUGACCAUAUUAAAGGUGAUCUGAUCACACAAUCCUCUGCACUA